AUUUAAAUACUUCUAAACCAUUAUUCAUUCAACUUGAAAAAAUAGAUUUAUCGAAACUUAUCACUUUUGUUUCAAUUUCAAAUAUUCGAGAAUUUGAAAAAGUUUUAGAAGAAGAACAUGAGCUUGGAUUUGAUCAAUAUGACACGAAUCCACUUUGGAGAAUUGUUGUUGGAAUCGUAGAGAAUGAAGCUUUAGAUGAUAAACUAGGAUUCGAUUUUUCAAUAACUUUCUUUUGGCAUCAUGCCAUUGGAGAUGGAAUGAGUUCUUUUGGUAUUCAAGGAGCAUUCCUAAAAGAAUUAAAUGAAACACUUAAAAAUGUGGACUUGUCGAAUAUUCUCACUUUCUCAGUUUCCUCUCUUUGCGAAAUUUCAUCUCCACCUCCACUCUGUCUACCUAUUGAAGAGAGACUUGAUAUAAGGCCAAAUGUUUUACAAGUCUUAAAGGCUAUUUGCCAAUUUUUAGUUCCUUCUUUUAUGAGGAAAUAUAUAUAUGGAAAAUAUUGUGCAGGAGAUGUACAUUUCAAAGAUGCCCAGGAUUUUCGUACUAGU